UCGAAGAUGUAGUGAAGAAAUGGAGAUAGACAAAGUCUCCUAUAUAUGGCUUGUUUUUGCAUCUUGCACAAUCAUUGAUAGAAUAGCAGUCGACAGUCAUGUUGAAUGUUUUAUUGUAUCUUAUUGUUUUUCUUCUUGUUUUGCAGGCAAUAUUGGAGCCAUUCUUGAAGAAUCACAAAAGCGUUUCAGCUUCCCUGAACAAGGUACCUUAGACUUGGGCUUACUUAAUGCAGGAGUAUCACAAUUUACUCAGGUUGCUGGUACAAGCAGAGGAGUAAAUGUGACAAUUCCAAACCAUUCAGAUGAACCAAUUAUAUCUUCUCGAAUUCCAAAUGCAUGCGAUACUGGAGGAAAUUUUCCUAAAAGUGAGACAAAGCUUACCGAGAGCGAAAAGAAAAGAUUGUGCGGCAAAGCUUACCGAGAGCGAAUGAAGCUUGAAAGAAAGAAGAGGGAGUCUGAUUUAGCAGUGGUUGGCAGCGAAAAUAAAGUUUGGAAGAUGGAGAAUGAACGGUUGAGGUCAGAGAUCGAUGUGAUGUAUCAAAGUCUGCAAGCAAUAGCAGGUGAGAACCAGAUACUAAAGACUCAAGUACGUUGUUUGAAGAGAGAGAUGAAUCAACAAGUAGUUCUCGUGGACGCAUUUUCACAUAAACAACUGCUGCAAAGUCAUGAGGAUCACCAGCUUUUAAUGCUUAGACAAGAAAGAGAGAGACUGCUCGGAAAUGUCACCUGGAAUCCUCAGAUGGAAGAGAAGAAACAACUUUUGGUGAGAAAAGUCAAUUUGGAGCAUCAUAACAGAGCCUUGAAAUUUCAAGUUCAAGCUCUGUGCGAGAAGAUCUACAACGAUAAAAACCAUGAAUAGAGACAACUAUGAGGGGGGUUUUU